AUGACGACGAUUGAGGAAGUUGUUGCCAUAACAGGUGGUAGUGGAUUUCUUGCGCAGCAUCUCAUCUUCUGUUUACAGCGAGACAAUCAUCUCGAAAGUACUGUUGUCGAGAUUCGAACUAUUGAUAGAAAUUCAUUCAGCAAAUUUCUUGAUUAUCCAUCACGCAUUCCUUUAAAUCAUUAUCAAUUUGAUAUUUGUGAUGAAAAAAAGCUUAAAUUAGCGCUUAACUCUGUAACAACCGUUUUUCAUUGCGCUGGUAAAUCACUGGAAUAUUUACAUGACGGUAUAAAUCACACUGAUCAAUACUGGCAUGAUAAUACAAAUGCAACGGAAAUUCUAUUAAAAGUUAUGCAUGAAGAGAAAAUUCCACAUUUGAUUCAUAUAAGUGAUGCAUAUGCAUGCCUGCCAGUGGGUGACAAUUAUGGCUUAUCGGAACAGAUGCAUUUGAAUUUUCCAAAUAAUUUUAUGCUUGGAAUUUAUGGACAGUCAAAAAUGCGCUCAGAAAUGUGUGUUCGAAAAGCUGCUGCUAAAGGUCAAAUAAAUGCAUUAAUCUUACGUCCAACGUUUAUCUAUGGUGAAGGAGAAAAACAUUUGUUGGGUUCAGCAUUAAAAUUAUGUUCGAUAUACGGUGGCAUUCCAUAUUUACAGGAUGACAGUAGAGGACUUCAUCAAUUUCUUUAUGCGGGUAAUAUGGCUGAGAUAAUGAAACGAGGAAUGAUGUGCUUGAAAGAAAAUCCGGAAAGAUAUAACGGCGAAGUAGUAAUCUGUAUGGAUUGUACACCAUGCAUACGAUUUGUUGAUUUUAUGGUACCAUUUUUGGAAGCGAAAGGCUUAAAACGUAUAAGCACAUUAAACUAUAUGCAAGCUCAUUUCAUUGCAGUAUUUUAUGAAAUUCUAAAUAAAUUUGCGCCAAAAAAAUCAUUCGGUCAUUUGACAUUAUCAUCAAACAAAUUUAUCAAUUGUUGGACGAUAGGAUUUUCCAAUCGUAAGUUACGUCUAUUACUUGAUUUUGUGCCACCGUACGAGCAAUCGCAAGCAAUAAAUCAAACAUUAUGUUGGUAUCGCAAAAAUGGACAAACAAAUAAAAAUCACAAGAAGACAGUUGAACUUAAGUAA